AAUCAACAUCUAGUUAUUCCAACUCCAUAGUACUUUACGAUAUCACUAGGGUGCACUUUUACAGCGUGGGGGAGUCACUGUAAGACUUCUGGACGUCGGACUGGCCGGGUCCAGACCUGGGGAAAACGUACCCCACAAUAACUCUACUGCGAAAAUAAUUUAUUCUCUCAUCUUCUCCAUGUCCCCUGCAAAAGUCCCUUAGCCCACCUUGAUAUCAUCACAAGACCAAUCUCCUUUUUAUACCUGCCAUUUAUAACUUUGUCCGCCUAAUCUAAGUUCUACGAAGUCGCAAGCCUACCUUUCCCCGGAUUCAAAUCUCAAUUUAGACGACACCUAGCAAAAUAAAAAUAUUAUCAAUUUUGAAGAGUCUUCAUUGUACGCGACAGUAUGGAAGCUCUUCAGCUGGCACAGAUGCUAGCAGAUCUCAAUGAUCUCCAAGCUGCUCAAGAUCAAUCUGCCGCGAAAAAUUUGGUGAGCGUCAAUCGAACGCUCGACCGAAAGGAACACCUACAGCAACAGCCAAGAAGCGUCCCCGAAGGCAGGGUGACAUCCCAAGCUAGUCGCAUGACGGACAAGUUUGGCCGUCGUAUGCUUACACCACCAUUGACGAGAACAAACUCGGCAUCGCCAUCUAUGCCUGGCAGUCCUCUUGGAGGAGAGCGACCGGAUGCCGAUAUUGAUAGAGCCUCUACACUACUUUCCUUAUACGAAAUCCGCGCUAAAUUGAGGGAGCAAGACAACAGCGGCUUAAUCAAGGCGCGCGAGAAGAUCAAUGCCCUCGCCGCGAAACAGCAGACUCAGGUGGUCACCGAGCACAAACACGAACGAAAAGAAAUCAACCGGCUAAGCUACCCAAAGUGAUCACGACACAGCUCGACUGAAUAUUCCCUAAAUUUCUAAUGACCAAUUGCAUUAUGAUCAUCAAUCAUUGGCGUUACAAAGGAUCGAGCGGACGAUGGGAAGCGGACAAGAAAACACAAACGAGCAAGGGUGCUCCUGGGAUAAAACGGCGUAUGAACUGGCUAAAAACUACUGAGUUGUGUGCAUUGACGAUUUGCUACUGGCCCGGCUACUAUGAUUCGGAAUAUGAUUACGGUUAUGGGUGGAUUUUGAUUGAUGGGGUUUAAUGCUAAUAACGGUAAAAUGGCACAGAAUAUAUGAUUUAUCGCUCUUCAGCGUUUCUCUACAUCUAUCACGACCCUGCCUUGUUUUAUUUUACGUGCUCGCCGAUGACCCUAAAGACAUCGGACU